CGCCCGCAAGGAGGCGCGGAGGAAGCCGCCCCAACCCCGCUGAGGAGAAGUUGAGAUUACAGACAUCCUGCCAAGAUGUUCUCUACAAAGCCCAGACUUGUCGUACCUUACGGCCUCAAGACGCUGCUCGAGGGAGUCAGCAGAGCCGUCCUCAAGACCAAUCCACCCAACAUCACCCAGUUUGCAGCAUUUUAUUUCAAAGAACUUAUUGUGUUUAGAGAAGGGAACAUUCCUCUGGAUAUAAAAGAUCUGGUUAGACAAUUUCAUCAGAUUAAAUUUGAGAAAUGGUGCGAAGAAAGGACAGAAGAGAAGAAGCCAGAGUUCAUAAAAGAACCAGGAGAAGCAGCUGCCGUUCCCAAAGAGCCGACCCGGGUGGAGAAGUCCACGGACACGGAGGAGGACCACAUCUUCGGACCCCAGCUCAUCCACAAGACCACGCAGUUCCCAUCCGUUUAUGCUGAGCAGCAGCCAGAGACGGAGGACACAAGCAAGGCAGUCCGUCCACCCAAGCCAUGCACCCCCAAGACUACCCCCACCUCGUCACCAUCCCCGGCUGACGUCCCACCAGAGUUUGCCUAUGUCCCCGCCGACCCCGCUCAGUUUGCUGCUCAGAUGUUAGGUAACGUUUCAUCUACUCAUUCUGAUCAGUCUGACGUUUUAAUGGUGGAUGUGGCAACAAGUUUGCCUGUUUUUGCCGACGAGGUGCUGACUUCAGAGGUUGCUGAAGACACUGUGGUGACCACUUCUGUUGCAAAUUCUGGAGAGAGGGUAGCAGUGCAGGUGGCAAGCCACUCCUCUGUCCGUGUAGCUUUGGGGUCUAAGCCUACAGAUGAUCAGGCUGAACCAGCAACGGCUCCCUCACCCCCCUUGCAGGAUGAACAAGACCUCCCUGCCUUUGAUCAAGCUCCUCGGGGGUCCUGGCAGGCUGGCACUGGGGGGAAGGCCACCCCUCAUAUCUCAUCUAUCUUUAACGACAAGCCUGUGAUUGAAGCAGUUACUCAUAUGGAGCAAACAUCAGAAGAAGUAGUUACCGCUUUUUCCGAUCACAUUGUUAGUCUUAAAGAGAUUGAGCAGUCACCACCAGAGAGUGCCAUUCUUGUAGACAAGAGAGUCUCGGGCGGGCCUGAAAAAGCUGAGGGUUCUGCAGAACUUGCCCCGUUGGAGGAUGCAAACCAUCCCUCCGUGCAGGUGGAGGCAGAAGCAACCAUUCUGAUCUCCGACACCUCUCUGAAAGGCCUGCUUGCACAGUCCCUGAACCCAGAGGGCGCCGCCCAGGCCAUAGGCUCUCAGAGAUCUCUGCAUCUUGAAGUGGAGAUCAUUGCGCUAGUUCCCGGGCAGGAGGAGGACUCGGCCCCCCCGGAGGAAGACUCCGCCCCCCCGGAGGCAGAGGUCAGACCCGUGGGCUCUGGGGAAGCUGCCCAAGCCGGGCAGGAGGAAGACUCCGCCCCCCCGGAGGCAGAGGUCAGACCCGUGGGCUCUGGGGAAGCUGCCCAAACCAGGCAGGAGGAAGACUCUGCUCCCCCGGAGGCAGAGGUCAGACCAGUGGGCUCUGGGGAAGCUGCCGAAGCCGUGCACUCAGGUGCCUCAGUAACGCCACCUGGUGGCGUCCUCAGUCCCGCUCCAGAGGGUCUCAGUGGACCAGAGAUCGAACCCGAAGGGGAGGCAGCACCUGCACCAGGUUUGAUGGAGCCAGCAAUAGCAACAAGCGAAGCAGGACAGCCACCACCAUAUUCUAACACGUGGACCCUUUACUGUCUAACUGAUAUGAAUCAACCAAGCCGCCCAUCACCGCCACCUGCACCUGGGCCUUUUCCCCAGGCCACCCUCUAUUUACCUAAUGCUAAGGAUCUGCAGAGUCCACCGAAAGUCACUUCUCCAACUUACGUGAUGAUGGACGACAGCAAGAAGGCCGGUGCCCCGCCUUUUAUCCUAGUAGGCGCCAAUGUCCAGGAAGCGCAGGACUGGAAGCCGCUUCCCGGGCACACGGUCGUGUCCCAGUCAGAUACCCUGAAGAGAUACGCAACAGUCCAAGUGCCCAUUGCCGUUCCUGCAGAUCAGAAAUUCCAGAAACUCCCCCGACAUGCCCAGAGUGCUAGUCCUCCUUCCAGUGGACAAGAAGGUCCCCGGCCACAGAGCCCAGUUUUCCUUUCUCUCGCUAUCCCGGUAGAAGAUGUAGCCAAAAAGUGUUCAGGAUCUGGUGACAAACGUACCCCCUUUGGAAGUUACGGUAUUGCUGGAGAGAUAACCCUGACUACUGCCAAUGUCCGCAGAGCAGAACCCUAAUGCCACAGAUGCUGAAAACGAGGCUGUCUGAGUCGACGUUCAAGGUGGAGUCUGCCACCACGCGUAAUGUAUCAGUAAACUUCAUGCAGCAUAAUGCCUCGUGCUCUCGCUUCUUUGUUACUUUAGGAGGCAUACAAGCAACUGAACACAGAGGCCUAACAUUUUCUCAGACUUGUGACAUAAUAGCAUUUGCCAA